GUCUCGCGCUCCUAACGAUUAAUGUUUUUUGGCGGGAAAUUUGAUAUUUCGAAUGUGUUGGAUUACUCUGCAUGUCUGUGGGAAUUCGAUCCGUCCAAAUCUGUUCAGCAAGAAGUUACAUCUAAUAUCUUUUCACAUCCAGAAACGGUUCACUGAGAGCUGAUCAUGUUUUACAGUCAUGAUAUUCUGCAGAAGCGAGGUGGAAAAUUUGGUAUUGUGUGGGUGGCUGCAACUCGAUCAUCGGAGCUGACCCGUCGAGAGUAUAUGAGUGUCCGAGUCAAGAGAACAUGUGAUGACAUCAUUGACUACAUCCUGCUGCGUGUGCCAUCUACAACGCGAGGACGGACUCGACCGCGGUUCUCCCUGUACUUGUCGGCCCAGCUCAUGUAUGGCACGGUGAAGGUGUUCAGGAAACAGCACCAGUUUCUCUAUGAUGACACGUCAACAUUGUGGGCACGACUGCGAAUGUCAGGCCUGAAGACAUCCACCUGUGACAUUGACCUCAAGUUGGAUGCCGCCCGUCAGAAUCUGCCUGACCUUGUGGGCACCGUCGACCCCUUGAGCGCUGACUACAACUACACCUUCGGGAUGUGGGAGAUGACUAGUGAGGGUGUGAGCUUCAUGGAGCAGGACAUGUGGCAAAGCAUCAGUGUGAGUCCAACCAAGGAGCUGCAGUUGUCUCCCCUUCCACUGUCAAUGGAGGAGAUGGUGGAAGACGCACUGAAAAGUCCUCACACUGUGUCAAAACCGGAGGACAUUCGUCUCAAGGAGGACGAGUCACUCACCUCGGAACGGAUACAGGUCCCUGACGAGAAGGAGCUGCCUGGGUUUGAUGGGAAGGAGAUCGAGAUGAUGGAAGACAAGGUUGAGGAGAUCCCCAUUGAGAUCGCCGACCUCAUCUCCCCGCUGAAGACGCGGUCACGAUCAACGUCCAGCAUGUCGGACAUCAUGCCAGUGAUAAUGGAGGAAGAGGAGGUUUUGCAUCCACUGAUUGAAACACCACACGGAAAGAAGGUGGAUGACGAAGGUGUGCCUCCACGCCGAAAACUCCCAGCAUCCCCGGGGGUGACACCGAUUCAACCAGAAGAACCCAGUCGAAAGAGGCAUCGUGUGCGCCCAAGUCUGGCAAUGGAGCUGGAGCCUGUCGCACCCACUUCUGUGACUCGACGACGUAAGCGCCGCCUGAAGUUUAUCGACAUCGAGACCCAGAUAAGCAAGAAACAACUGAAGCACAACAUGGUGACCAGCAAAGACAUCUGUCGCACAAACGUUCUUCCAUCCACAAGACCCUCCCUCCCUGAGGAACUUUUUUCACGACCUUGCAAAAAAGAGCUGUGCCACCCCACGCUGCUGAGGCUGUGGAUGCGGAAUGCUGUCAUGGGGGAGGAGAUUGAUGACACGCCCUGGACUGUGGCUGAGUUAAUGAAAAGCCCAGAUGAGUUUCCAGAGAGUCGGCAGACAAGACGUAGACUGUCCCCCAUUCUGGACAUGGAGUCACCAAGACAAGUGCUGGUUCCACCAGCAGAGGCAGGUCUUUCAGGAAGUGACCUUGACCUCAAACAGAGUCCUCUUGCCGCUGCCGUACACUCGACUGACUCUGACAAGAGUUCCCGUACACGUCGAUCCAAGCGUCUGGCAGACCAGCCAUCAGCAGAGAAGAUGGAAGAAGGAGAUUCUAUGGAGGUGGCACGCGGUGACUCUGUUCUGUCGCUGGAGAGAAGUCGACAGAGGGACUUGUCCAUUGAGAUUGACCGCAGCACCCACAGCCUGGAGCGUAGCAGGGAGAGGAGCAUGGAGGACAGCCUCACAAGUCGGCCCAGAUCUCGGCGAGGAUCGGACCAGCUUACUGCGGAAGAGGAGAUUCUGGCGGAGCUGGUGCAGGAGCAAGACGGGAUGUCAGGACUGCUGCCCCUGGAGACUGUGCAAGAAGAACAGGAAGUGGUGCCCCCUGUUGUCAGGUCUCCAUCUACAGAAUCCAACUACACUGAGGAAAUGAUGAGACACGUGGAGCAGCGCACGGCCACCAAGACGUGGACCAGAUUCCACACCAUCUGCGGCACGCACAACACCUUCCGCAGUUAUGCUGCCAAAAUGUUCAACGCUGUCCUGGAUCUGUGUGGGAACCAGACGCUGGAAGCCAAACAGAAGGAAGCCUACAGCGACAUCUACCUCCGCAGGGGGAGGAGCUGGUAGAGGGCAACAACUCUGGUCGCCUGCCUAUAUACACCUGUGCUGCAGUAUUAUCUCACCUUGGCAUCAGCCGUCUUGUACACAUCAACAUCUACCUCCGCAGGGGGAGGAGCUGGUAGAGGGCAACAACUCUGGUCAACUGCCUAUAUACACCUGUGCUGCAGUAUUAUCUCACCUUGGCAUCAGCCGUCUUGUACACAUCAACAUCUACCUCCGCAGGGGGAGGAGCUGGUAGAGGGCAACAACUCUGGUCAACUGCCUAUAUACACCUGUGCUGCAGUAUUAUCUCACCUUGGCAUCAGCCGUCUUGUACACAUCCAAAGCUGCACCAUUCACACAUGGCCACUUUGUAAGUCCUUCUCUGGACGAGGCAUGUUACGUAGAUUUCCAUAAAUUUGUCGUGUUGAGUCCGUAGGACAGACGCUCAAAGGGAACCCUUAUGAGCUUUUGUGAUGUGUUACGGAGGGAGUGACAUUGGCAUUGUCAUUAUGUUGUGACUGAUGUGUUACGUAGGGAGUGACAUUGGCAUUGUCAUUAUGUUGUGACUGAUGUGUUACGGAGGGAGUGACGUCAGCAUUGUCAUUAUGUUGUGACUGAUGUGUAACGUAGGGAGUGACGUCGGCAUUGUGUCAGCCAUGUUGUGACUGAUAUGUUACGAAGAGAGUGACGUUGGCAUUGUCAUUAUGUUGUGACUGAUGUGUUACGGAGAGAGUGACGCUGGCAUUGUGUCAGCCACAUCGGCUUUUUGUCAGCCAUGCUGUGACUGAUGUGUUACAGAGAGAGUGCAGUCGGCACUGUAUCAGCCAUUUUGUGUCAUAUUACUAAGCAUGGAUCAUCAUCUUGGUUGUAUUAUACAACAGAUAACUGUCCCUUACUGCCAUUUUUCUCGACUACAACACUGCCAGAGUACAGAUGUAUCGCACACAACUGUUCAGAGAUUCACUUGUGACUGUUACUGUUACCACUGUUAUAUUACAUUCACAAUUGUUGUUGAUAUUUAUACAAUCGUGAACACGACAUUGUUAAGUUUAAACUUUUAAUGUGUUAUCUUGUUACAAAGAAUGUCUUGAUAAUAAUGAAUUUGAGAGCACCAAUGUUAUUUAUAUUUAUUGAAUCAUGAACAUGUUACUGUUAUGUUUAAAUACGUUGCAAAGUUACAAAGAAUGUGUUGAUAAUGAAUUUGAGAGCACUAUUAAUAUUUAUUCAGUCAUGAACAUGUUACUGUUAUGUUUUAAUGUGUUGCCAAGUUACAAAGUAUGUGUUGAUAAUGAAUUUGAGAGCACUAUUAAUAUUUAUUCAGUCAUGAACAUGUUACUGUUAUGUUUUAUUGUGUUGCCAAGUUACAAAGUAUGUGUUGAUAAUGAACUUGAGAGCACUAUUUAUAUUUAUUCAAUCAUUAACAUGUUACUGUUAUGUUUUAUUGUGUUGCCAAGUUACAAAGUAUGUGUUGAUAAUGAUUUUGAGAGCACUAUCCAUAUUUAUUCAAUCAUGAACACGUUACUGUUAAGCGUUAAGCUGUUAAUGUGUUACCUUGUUACAAAUAUCUUGAUGACCAGCAUGGAUGUAAGAGCAUGUGGAAAGUUGAAUGAAUCCUGACUGAAUAUAACCAGAGCCUGGAGCACAAUGGUACUGUCUAUUGGAUGAAUAUAUUUUGAUGAAUAAAACGUAAUAAAAUUUGACAAAAAGA